AUGGUUUCAACAAGAGGGGAUGUGUACAGUUUUGGAAUUGUAGUGAUGGAAACAUUCACAAGAAGGAAGCCAACAGGUGAGAUGUUUGUUGGGGAAAUGAAUUUAAAGCAAUGGAUUGCAAACUCACUAUUACCAGAUGCAGAGAAAUGUGAUGGUAGAGAUGAGGAUGAUGGUGGUAAGACUCCUAGCUACCAUAGCUGA